UAUACAUAUGUGUUAGAGAUAGAUCAAGUAACAACAUCUAUACCAUCACAAGGUCAUGGCCACCAACCUAAUUUUAUGCUUGUCUAGAUAUAAUCAAUUUUUGUCCCCCACACCAACACUAAUUAGUAGUACUAGAUUUCCACAAAGUAAGAACUUCCCGCAAAAAACAUCUCUUGCCAAUCUCAAACCUCAGCGACUUAUUUGUGCAGUGAGCUCUCAGUUUACCCAAAUAACAGACGAUGAUAGUCGACGUUCAGCUAAUUACCAACCAAACCUCUGGAAUUUUGAAUUUCUGCCGCCGUCUCUGGAAAAUGACCAUAAGGUGGAAAAACUGGAAGAGAGAGCAAAAAAGGUGGAGGAGGAGGUGCGUAAGGUGAUCAACGGAAUAGACACAAAACCACUAUUACUGGAAUUGAUUGAUGAUGUCCAGCACCUGGGAUUGACGUACAAGUUUGAGAAGGACAUAAUCAAAGCCCUUGAGAAGAUUGUUUCCUUGGAUGAGAAUGAGAAACACAAAAGUGAGCUUUAUUAUACUGCUCUUAGCUUCCGUUUACUUAGACAACAUGGCUUUGAGGUCUCCCAAGAUGUAUUUAAGAGAUUCAAGGACAAGGAAGGAGGUUUCAGUGGUGAACUUAAAGGUGAUGUGCAAGGGUUGCUGAGUCUAUAUGAAGCAUCCUACCUUGGCUUUGAGGGAGACAAUCUCUUGGACGAGGCAAGGGCCUUUUCAACAACACAUCUCAAGAACAAUCUAAAACAAGGAAUAAACACCAAAGAGGCAGAACAAGUUAAUCAUGCACUGGAACUUCCCUAUCACAGAAGAUUGCAAAGACUGGAAGCACGAUGGUACCUUGAAAAAUAUAAACCAAAGGAACCCCACCAUCAGUUACUUCUCGAACUUGCAAAGCUAGAUUUCAAUAUGGUGCAAUUAUUGCACCAGAAAGAGCUGCAAGAACUGUCAAGAUGGUGGAGUGAGAUGGGAUUAGCAAGCAAGCUGGAGUUUGCCCGAGACAGAUUAAUGGAGGUGUAUUUCUGGGCACUCGGAAUGGCACCUGAUCCUCAAUUCAGAGAAUGUCGUAAAGCUGUCACUAAAAUGUUUGGACUAGUCACCAUCAUCGAUGAUGUGUAUGACAUCUAUGGUACCUUGGACGAGCUACAACUCUUCACCGAUGCUGUUGAGAGAUGGGACGUGAAUGUCGUAAAUACACUACCAGACUACAUGAAGUUGUGCUAUUUAGCACUCUAUAACACGGUCAAUGACACAGCUUAUAGCAUCCUUAAAGAAAAGGGACGUAACAACCUUUCCUAUUUGAAAAAAUCUUGGUGUGAGUUGUGCAAAGCAUUCCUCCAAGAAGCAAAAUGGUCAAACAACAAAAUUGUUCCGGCAUUCAGCAAGUACCUAGAAAAUGCAUUGGUGUCCUCUUCCGGCGUGGCUUUGCUUGCUCCUUCCUAUUUUUCAGUGUGCCAAGAACAGGACAUCUCAUUCUCAGACAAAACUCUUCAUUCUUUAACUAAUUUCGGUGGCCUUGUGCGCUCUUCAUGCACCAUUUUCAGGCUUUGCAAUGACCUAACUACCUCGGCGGCUGAGCUAGAGAGGGGUGAAACAACAAAUUCAAUAAUGUCCUACAUGCAUGAGAAUGGCACUUCUGAGGAGCAUGCAUGUGAGGAGUUGAGAAAUUUGAUCGACAUAGAGUGGAAGAAGAUGAACCGACAGCGAGUUUCGGAUUCUACACUCCCAAAAGCUUUCAGGGAAAUAGCUAUGAACAUGGCUCGGGUUUCCCAUUGCACGUACCAAUAUGGAGAUGGACUUGGAAGGCCAGACUACAACAUAGAGAACAGAAUCAAGUUUCUACUGAUAGACCCUGUUCCCAUUAAUUAACUAAUGUAAUUAUAAAACAAUUUCUAUAUGUAUUUUAAGUAUUGUAUUU